AUGCAAAUAAAAGAGGGAAACGGGAGUGAGAAAGGUCGACAGAGAGCGCGGGAUUUGAAGAUAAAGCUAUGGCUUUGUAAAAUUAAAGACAGGAGAUUGAGAGGAAACAUGAAAGGUCGAGAGGAAAAAUUAAAUGGAAGCCUUCUUGAGGACCUUGCGCAGUGUCCGGCUUUCCUGCCAAGGACUCAAUACGUGAAGUCGUAUAGCGACAAGUGUCUCUACCUCAUUACUGGAAAACAAUCUUGGAAUGGUGCCAAUUCCAAUUGUCAUCAUCAUGGAGGUCGUCUAGUGCAGAUUCAGGACCGAGACAAACAAGACUUUAUCUACAACACAUUAAAGGCCAUGAACUGGAGAGACCAGGGGGUAUGGAUAGGAGCCACGGACCACGAGAGUGAGGGUACAUGGAAGUGGACAGACGGUACGGUAUUAUCCUACGGGUACUGGCGUCCAGGUGAGGGACCGUCUCACGGAUUCUUAUUCUCUAAGGCAGGAUACGAGGACUGUGCCCUGAUGCGACUCGACGACAACGGAAGGUGGCGAGACUAUGACUGUGGAACGGCUCUGUAUCAUCACACAUCUAUAUGUGAAUACCGUAAAACAACUUUGCCAACAACAACAACAGAUAUGCCAACGACGACAACAACUAUGCCGACGACGACAACAACAACUAUGCCGACGACAACAACAAAUAUACCGACGACAACAACAACUAUGCCGACGACAACAACUACUAUACCGACGACAACAACAACUUUGACGACGACAACAAAUAUGCCGACGGCAACAACGAUGCCGACGACAACAACUAUUCCUACGACGACAACACCUAUUCCUACGACAACA